AGUCAUUUGGGAGCUGUGUCGCAUUUCAAGUUGGCGGACUCGUUGAGAGCAACAGGCCAAGACGUUCAAGUCGUUGUUUGCGAUGCAACCACAUAGAUUCAUGCCUAUGGUGUUGCUAAGCUAGUAGGGUCAAAGAUGCUUUCCAUGGGCGUCGCGGGCAAGAAUAGCAAAAGAACAAAGACGCAAAUCAUUAUACAAAGUGGCGUACAAUCAUAAGAAUCAUGCGGCACAUUGUUGUGCACAGCGGCGUACAAUUAGUAACCUUACACAAACACAGAUUUUCAUCGCCCCGCCCUCCCUUUCAAAUGUUCUGGAUUGAUAUCCCACUGAUUGGCAUUGACGAAUAAAAAUUAAACCUCAUGUAAAUUGGUUGCGAAAUGAACAACUUUUUGGGGAGAAAAUGAACACUUUAUUGACAUAAUUUCCAUGCAUUGCCGUUGAUAGAAAAACCGCCCCUGCCAACAUGGCCGUGACGUAGGCACGUUAGUUAACCAGGGUGCGGCAGCACGCUGGCAUGUCUUCAUAAUUCUGCUUGAAACCACCCGAGGAGGAGACUUGCAUAAAUAAGUCACAACGGAGAGAAAAUGAGGGAUAUUAUUUACCCCCGGAUUUUUGUCAUCAUCUUGUGUGCGGUGGUUUUUGUGGCAGUUUUAGUCGUUAACGGUUUAGCAGGGGCUGGUAGAGGUGCCUUCUUUUCUUCAACAGGUAACGUUUCAGCCCGUUAUGAGACCAACAUUACUCCUGCUGGCUGGACCUUCUCCAUUUGGGGUGUUAUUUAUACCUGGCUCUCCUUAAUGGUCAUAUAUAUUACCCUAUUUGUGUUCAGGGGAUCCUGGGCUCAGUGUCUACUGCCGUACGCAUUCUAUUUCUUCUGGCUGUUCAACAUUGUGCUGAAUAUGAUAUGGCUGCUGUUGUGGGACAGAGAGUUAAUGCUGUCAGCAUUGGUUGUAUUGAUCCUGGUUGUGUUAACCAACCACAGUGCCUUGGGUAUCUGUUGCUAUGUCACAGAUUAUUAUGGACUCUGGGUAAAAACUUAUUAUCCCAAAGACCUGACCUGUGUCAGAAUUCUGGUCCAGAAUGGUUUGGCGCUCUACACCACAUGGACAUCAAUUGCUUCGUUGAUCAACUUCACUUUAGUUCUUCAAUUGUGGGGUGUGGCCAAGAGCACAGCAGCAACAGUGUCCCUUUGCCUCCUGUUUGCUGAGGUGGUGGCCUGGUUUAUUCUUGAAAACUGGGUACUGGAUCGUUGGGUGCGCUACAUUCUGACAGUGUACCCGGUUGUGAUCGUGGCGCUGCUUGGAAAUGUCUUCAAACAUUUUGAUCCAGCCGACCCCAGCCCAAAUGGCAUCUUUAUGGUUACUCUCCUGGUGUUGGCAUGUAUCCUGCUGGUGUUCCGAGUCUGUAAUGUCAUCUGGAGAAACAAAAGGAGACCCCUCUUCUCUCUAGGGUCGGCACGGCAGCUGAAUUCACCUCUCGAUGGAACUAAAUUCAAGAUCUUAUCCUAGGUAUAAGGAAUCUUCAGACCACUAGACACAGAAACCCUUUUGACACUUGAUGACAUUUGUGAUUUUUACACUUUUGCUGUUGCUGUCAAUGCUUUUUCACUGGCCUGUUCAAAAUUCAGAUUUCACUCUGUCCAUCUUUUUUUGACGGUGCUUUUGGAUUUUCAGUGUCAUUUGUCUGUUGCAACUUGCUGUUUCUUUACGUUUUCUUUUUUAGCUUAUUGAAUUUCCCAUCUUAACUGACCAGUGUGUAAACAAUGGCAGCUUCUUUCGCAAUUUGAUGAGGAACAUACUUAUUUUCUAUGCCAAAACUUUGCAUGAGUUUUCUAUUUUGCCUUUCCAAUAUGAAGGUUCUUAAUUUUUUUAUAUCUGGCAGUUAAUGUUAAAUAGGUCAUUAUACUUGUAAGUAUGAAGUAAUUUGAGAGUUAUCUACACGUUUUAAAUUACGUCUGCUAAUAAACAUGUACUUUCACAUUGCUGUCAUUAGUACAUAUGCCUAUUAAAUGCAUGCCAUGUUUAGCUCUUUGUGUGUAAUGUUCAUUAUCCUGUGUUUUUAUUAUUAUUGUUACAGCCCAAAUCUGAUGUCAUGCACUACAUAUUUUGUCAACCCUUUGCAAUUUUCCAGCUUGUUAUAUUUGAUAUUAAAUACAUAUAGUAU